AUGUCGACAGAAGUGUCCGAUAAUAUUUCAGAGCAGGAACCAUCUUUGAAUACAUUAGAGGAGGAAACAACAGCAAAAGAUAGUAGUUCAUCCGUUGAAACAUCACCAACUCCCUUGUAUUUCCUAACAAAUGGUUCUAAAACGGCUUCAUUUUCACCACUAGUAUCAGCUGGAUCAACAACAACGGUCGAAAAUGAAAUCACUCAACCAGUAAAACCAUCCACAUCGACUCAUUCACAAAAACACGUUCACUUUCCAACAGAUGAUGUACAAUUAACUAAAGUUUCGGCAGCUCCCGUACCGCUCUCAAAUCAGCCAUUUGUACCAUUAAAAACCGUCUUACGCAUCUAUUUGGAUACUUGUUUGAAAUCGCAAAUAAAACCAUUACAAACAAUCAUUGAUCAAUUAUCACGAAUUAAGGAUGAGCGUCAGACAUUUUACGAUCGCAUAGAACGUUUAUCGAUUAUCAAUGAAAAAUUUGGUGUCUCACACUUGGAUGCAUUUGAAGAGAUAUUUUCUCGUGUUCAAUUUCAUACAUUAGAAUUUGAAUCUUCAUUAUACGAAGAUACAUUAAUUGCAUCGUUAUUCGAUAUCAUUGAAUACUAUGAAUCAUGUAUUCAUUUAAAUUUAUCCGGUAAUCGUUCAAUGAAUUCACAGAGUUAUCAAGCACUUGGACGUUAUAUGAGAAAAAGUUAUAUUUUAGAACGCUUAGAUAUGAAUCAUAUGAAAUUUGAUGACAAUACUAUUCUCACAUUUGGGCGAUGUUUACGUUUUUCAUCGACUUUAAUCGAGUUGCAUUUGGAAUCUUGUCAAUUAAACGGAAAAAUAUUACAAAAUUUAAUUCAACAUAUACGUGUGUGCAACGGUUUAAGAGAGUUAUAUCUAGGUGAUAACCGUUUGCAAGUUCAAGAUAGUUUAAUUCUAUGCGACGUAAUUCGAACAUGUGGUCAUUUUUUAAAUUUAUUAGAUUUAAAAACAAAUUAUCUACAAGACAAUGGACUAUCGCAUAUCGCAUCACAGUUGAGUCAAUACGAUGAACAUCAUACACAACGUAAUAUAUUGCGAAAACUAAAUUUGCAAUCGAAUCAAAUCAGUCAGCAAGGCAUCGGAUAUUUGGCUAAAGCAUUAUUACAUAAUCGUACAAUAAAUUCAUUGAAUUUAAGCAAUAAUAAUUUGACAAACGAAGGUUUAUUUCUAUUGAGAGAUUCUUUAUUAGCAAAUAGGUGCAUUAGUGAAUUAAUAUUAAGAAAUUGUAAAUUAACAUGUCAAGCAGCCAUUUCAUUAGCGGAAUAUGUGGCUGAAUCAUCUAUAAUACAACAUAUUGAUUUGAGAGGAAAUAAUAUUCAAGCUAGUGGUAUAAUGGCAUUAUCUUUAGCAAUGAAACAUAAUAAAUCAUUAAUUAAACUUGAAUUAGAUUCGAUAGUAUCCACACAAGAGAAUGGCAAUGUUGUGUCAAGUCAGUCUCAGACGAAUAAUAUCGAUCGUACCACAAAUAGUCUAUUAUCAUUUACAAAUUUGAAACGGAUUACGUCCGGUAUUGGACAUCUGUCAAAUGUUUUAAAUCAAAAUUCAGAUCCAAUACAAGAUGCUAGAGUGAAGCAAUUUCUUGAACAAAAAUCUAAAUGGAUCAAUGAUAUUACAGAAAUAUGUCGAAGAAAUAAAGAAAGACAAUGUGAACUAGAAGAGCAAGAAGAACAAAAAGAAGAAAAACGAGUAAACGGAGAGGAAAACCAACAAAAUAAUGAACAUCAAGAGGAAACAGUGAACGAAGAAGAAGCGGCAAAAGAAGAAACGGUGACAGUACUUCCUGAGGCAUCAAUCGGCAAUCCUGCAUUGUUAAACAAAAAAUCCUCAAAUAAAUUCGUUUCUCCAUUGCCAUCGCCAUUAUUGAGUCUAGAAGAUGAUUUAUCACCAUUUCUAGUUAAAAAAAUAUUUAAAGAUGAUGAUCAACAAUCUUCUCCAGUAUCACGUGUGGAUCAUGAUCAAGUUAUUGAACAUACACCUCCAACUACAAGUACAAACGAUAUUAUAGAAAGCAUUCCUACACCUUCCAGCAUAGAUUUCAAUUCAGAGGACGCGACUUUGUCUAACAUUAGUGAAAAUAAUAAUCCAAUAAAUGAAAUGACAUUCACCAACAAUAACUCAGAACCAACAAUACCUGCUGUCAAAUCACCUUUUACUAUUGAUGAUUAUGAUGAUAAUGUUGACGAGGACAAACAAGAGGAGAAAAAGAGUAAUAACAUUCCAAUAAACAUUUCAGAUAUUCAUUUCGAUUCACUUCAACAUGAAGAUUAUUCAAUUGAACAGAAAAACUCAGAAAGAAAAGAUAGCGAAGAUGAUAUUGAUGAAUACGAUGAACAUAAGAAAAAGCCGUUUCGUCACUCAGAUAGUUUAUUUUUAUUGAGAAAUAAAGCUGGAGAUCUAGGCGAAGAUACUAUGGAAGAGCGUGAUAUUGAGGUUGAUGAUAAUAAUUCAAUACUUCCAACAAAUCAGCCAGUUGUUCUCGGACACGAACAACAAUUAAUUAAUUGA